GUCGAUCAGCCCAGUCAAUCAGCUCGUCGAGAGUUAAAGAGGCGUCGUCACCGCCGUAAUAAGGAUUGGCGUCGAUGUGAGCGACCUUGAAGCCUGCCUUGGAGAGUGCGCUGAGGACCAGUUUCAGACGGAUUCGGCAUCGGAUGGCACGAUGCUUACGCGGCUGUAAUCGACUCUGUCAGUCCAGUCCCGAGAACGACGACGUCGACGUCCAUGCUCUUCGACACGUUGUACCGCGAGAACGAGUGUAAUGUCGAGGGAGAUGGCCUGGUAGAUCUCUCUGCACUGUAAGCAGCAGCAUGAGCGCUGAAGCGCCCAUAGAUGGAGUCGGUGUUUGCCGAGUGCCCGCGGCCGUUCCCAGCUUUGCAUUUUCGGAAAUUUUCCGGUUCUGUACUCCAGUUCCCCGCUUCUCUCAACCUCUCAGCUCUCGCAUCCUUUUCGUCGCGAUGGCCAAAUCCGCAGAGAAAAAAGCAAGCAAGAAGGUCGAGAAGAAGUCUUCGAAGGCGUCGGCAAAGACCGCGCCCGUGAAGGAGGCCGCGGCUCCCAAGAAAUCAAUCUCCUCGAAGGAGACUGCGGCGAAGGCUCAGGUAUGUCGUAGUCUACCCAUCACACCGUGGGUCGGAAGUUUUACGAGGAUUCAUCAAUGUAAAUAGAACUCGAAGCAUUCAAAAAAAAAACAGGAGAGCAGCGACGAGGGCUCUUCGGAGAGUGAGGACGAGGAAAAAUCAGCGCCAAAAGCCCAGGCAAAGAACGUAUGUUUUCAUUUGCUUCCAGACAGGAGUCUUCUCUCAUGUUUGUUCACUGGCUUCUCAGGCCAAGGCCAGGGGGAUUUCUUCGUCCGGUUUCUUGUCCAGCUCUGAUGAGGAGCCAGCCAAGAAUGCACAAGCAAACGGCAAGGUAUGUAAUAGGCUCUGAUCAUCUCGCUCAUUUGAUAGCGAAAAGUUUCAGGAUAAGGCUGCCGAUUCAAGUGAGGAGUCUUCCGAGGACGAAUCCGAGGAUGAAAAGCCAAAAAAAACUGCUGCCCCUGCCAGCCCCCAGAAGCAGACUGUUGCUGCAACCGCG